CCGGACUCAACUGGGCCAAGUCUAAUAAGUGGACGAAUGAGGGGCUGGUGGGCCUGUGGGGGCUGCUUGUGGGGGCCAGCGAGUCUGCAAGUCGACUCUGCAGACUGUCCAUGAAUCACACGGGCCAUAAAAGAUCUGCCUUGGCCGAGUCACUAACUGGACUUGGCAACGGGAGCGAAGCACGACCUUGACCUUUCGCCCCAUCGCGGCGGGCUGUGACUUAGGUACCCAUUCCAAAUUGAUCAUCGACGAAUGGCACGAUUUGGUAAGUGACAUCAGUUUCGUCGAUAGCUGAAGAGUCACUCAAAGCUACUUCUGACCUAUUUUCGUUGGGGGCUAAAACAAGUGUAACACGGGCUGCCUUGGCCCCGGGCCCAUGCAUGCAGCUGCAAUCACCGAGUGCUGGGAAGAAUGCAGGAAUGCCAGUCUUUUGGCGGGGGUUAUGACGGGUUCUUGGGGGCUACAUGGGGAGGGGAAAACAGCUGCUCGGAGAAAUGGUUUGCAGCUCGGCUGAAUACUUUAUCUCGGGCUUAGAACGUGUCUCUCUCGAGUUGACUCUGGUCUUACAGAAUCCAAGUCAUCGCAUCGAUCGUUGCUCGCCAUGGCUGCCCUCGUGUCAAAGCAGAUCACAGUGAUCGUAUGUUUUGCGGUGCUAGACCUGUUGGCGGUGAUCGCCAUGGGUCUUCGCUUCUAUUCUAUGAAGGUUGUCCAUCGUAAAAUCAAAAUCCACGAUGUUCUGUGCAUUGUAUCGCUGGUCAUGCUUAUUGCGUACACCAUCUGUCUGCUUAUUGGAACAAUUGCUGGCGGAAUCGGACUCCACCGGCUUCAAGUCCCGAUACCAACAAUGGAGACCGGACUGAAGGCGUUCUUCUCAUCACAGUUCUUCUGGGCUAUCUCAAUCGCCAGCUUCCGACUGGCUAUUCUGGACUUUUACGUCCAAGCCUUCCCCACCAAGGUCUUUCAGUACUGUGCCUACGGUGCUAUGACCAUCGUGUGCCUAUUUUUUAUAGGCAGUAUCACGACAACCUUGGCGAUGUGUCGCCCAAUCGUUUCCAACUGGGACCUCAAUAUCCAAGGAAAAUGCGGCGACGAAGGAACGGCCGAGUUAGCCGCAGCUGCAUUCAACAUGGCCCUCGACAUCGGAAUCGUGGUGCUGCCCGUGCCGGUGAUCUGGGGUCUGCAUAUGAGCAAACAAAAAAAGGCUGCCGUGAUAGCCACGUUUGGUUUGAGUCUGGGCAUCGCCGCCAUCAAUCUAGCGCGCAUCAUCCAAGUCCUACGCUGCAGCUUACUCGACUUUACAUACUGCACUGCGGAUAGUGCAAUUCUUACCGUAGCAGAGAUGGCUGUCGGGAUCAUCGUCGCCUGCGUUCCGAUGCUUGGUCCGGUGAUUUUCCCAGAGCGCCGCCGCCGUUUCGACAAGCGUUAUGUCUACAAACCCAACCACAUUUCUUAUGGCUCAUCUCAAAAGCACAGUCGGCAACAUAGCGAUAGCCAAGGUAGCACUGAGAUGGCAUUGGGGUCAGGCUGGGACAAGCGACAAAACAUGCAGUAUACCGAAAUAUCCAACCAAGUCCCGCCCCUGACACCGGCCAAAGUCAGACAAGGCGAGAUCGCCGUGUGGCGUGAAUAUGAGGUGCAGUCUGACCCGCAUAACCGGGUGUAAGCACGCCUGGAUGUGGAACGGAAAUACAAUACCACAAUCUUUCUUUUUUUCCCAUGAAUCACUACGAGCCAUUGUUUCGAAUACAUUUCCCAAAAAUUUAUAAUGCCUUGUAUUCCAUUCAUCCAG